GUCAGGCCAUGCACGCCCUCAAGACACUUAGCAAGUCGUCGUGAGGGAAAUUAUUGGACUCGUCUUGGAGACCUAAAUCGCAGAUGUAGCCGAAAUUGUUUUUUAAUGCUCUUUAUAUUCCUUCUUCUCGCAGUGGCACAAGCCGUACACUCUCCAGGAGUGUGUGCGAUGUACGGCUCCGGGGGCAAGAAAUCGCUCUUUGGCGGCAACCUCCCGGCCCCGAACAACUCGGCGGCGCAGCUUCUGAGCGCACAAGACCACUCGUUGCUGGUGUCGAUUUGCGGCGACACUUGGGAACAGGAGCAGUAUGCCUGUUGUGACAACGACCAGUUAAACGAUCUCCAAACAAAGCUCCACAAGGUAGAGCCCCUGAUCAGCUCGUGUCCAGCCUGCAAGGACAACUUCUUCCAGCUGUUUUGCCACUUCACCUGUUCCGCAAACCAAUCCACGUUUGUCAACGUGACAAGAACAGGCACGUCUCUGUCGGGCUUGCCAAUCGUGGCAGAGGUUGAUGUGGAGGUGGACGCAGCAAUGGCUUUGCAAUUCUACGAUUCGUGCAAAAACAUAAAGUUCAGUGCCACUAAUGGAUACGCCAUGGACCUUAUUGGAGGAGGAGCCACAAACUACUCGCAAUUUCUCAAGUUCUUAGGAGACGAGAAGCCGAUGCUGGGCGGCUCACCAUUCCAGAUCAAUUUCCGCACUCAAAACGACUCCGAGCUGGUGCCGUUGGCGCUGGCGUUCCAUGCUUGCGACGACGAAGACGAAAACUUCAGAUGUGCCUGUGCAGACUGUCCCGGCUCGUGUCCCUCGCUGCCCGAGCUCACACGACAACAGUCCUGUCGAGUCGGAGUGCUCCCGUGCUUCUCAUUUGCGGUUGUCUUGGUGUAUUCGCUCGGUCUGGCGUUGUACAUGGGGCUAUACGCGGUAGCCGUGGCUCGGACGCGUUCUCAAAUGCUGUUCCUCAGCCAGCUCGAGUCUCCGGCAUUUACAGGCUCCGACACAGAGCUGCUCGAGGGGUCCGAUGACCAGUUGGACAACUUCGACCACUACAUGGCCAAGGACUCGUAUAUUGUCAACAAUGUGCUGGAGAAAUGGUUUGCCAAGUUGGGCCUCAAGUGCUCGCAGAGACCGUGGCUGGUGAUUGGUGUGUCGCUUGGCGCGUCGUUGCUGCUAUCCUUGUUUGUGUUCAUGAUCCAGCUCGAGACUGACCCAGUUAACCUCUGGGUCAGCCCAACGUCUACCUCGUACCUCGAACGCAAAGUGUACGACCAGAGUUUCGGUCCGUUUUACAGGACACAGCAGAUCUUUCUAUCCAAUAGCACUGGUGACUCUGUGCUCCAGGACUACAGAGCCAUCAAAUGGUGGUUUGCAAAGGAGCAGGAGAUUCUUGCUUUGACAGCCCAGGUCGAUAACACGACUGUCGCAUACGAUGACCUGUGUUUCAAGCCCCUGGGCGAUACCUGUGCAGUGGAGUCCUUCACACAGUACUUUUACGGUGACAUCGGUCAGCUGCCCGAGAGCUCGUGGCAGACCAAGAUACAGAACUGCGCGGACUCGCCCGUCAACUGUCUGCCGUCGUUCGGCCAGCCACUCAAGCCGCAGCUAGUAUUUGGUGGCUUUGCCGACUCUGUGCUGUCUGCCAAAGCGCUCGUGAUCACGCUAUUGCUCAACAACAACAACGAUCCGCACGAUCCUCAGGUCAAGAGCUCAUUGGCGUGGGAAGCUGUGCUGGAGAAGUAUCUGUUCGAGCUGCAAGUUGAGGCACGUGCUCGUGGACUCGAGGUUAGCUUCAGUACCGAGCUCUCUCUCGAAAAAGAACUCAACAAGUCCACCAACAGCGAUAUCCGCAUUGUCGUCAUCUCGUACUUGGUGAUGUUUGCGUACGCAUCGAUUGCACUGGGUAGUGGAGGCCAGAAGCACCAGAUGAACGUCGAGUCCGGCUCGCCGCUUGCAUUUCUAAUCCGUACGCGUUUUGGCCUCGGUCUGGUGGGUAUCUUCAUUGUUCUGCUCUCGGUGGUCGCUUCGGCCGGAUUCUGGAGCCUGUUUGGCCUCAAGUCGACGCUCAUCAUUGCUGAGGUCAUUCCGUUCCUCGUGCUGGCCAUCGGCGUCGAUAAUAUCUUUCUAAUCGCCAACGAACUCCACAACUGCAACCAUCUCAACUACAACAACGACAACAUCCAUGUGCGUAUGUCUAAGACGAUGGCCAAGAUCGGCCCCAGCAUCGUUCUCAGCACCUCAUGCCAGUUCAUAUGCUUUCUUCUUGCCAGUUCCGUCGGGAUGCCGGCCGUCAAGAACUUUGCGCUGUACUGCGCUCUGGCUGUCGUACUCAACUCGGCGCUGCAGCUUACUGCGUUUGUUUCUGUGCUCUCUUUGGACCAACAACGUGUCGAAGACCUACGCUUGGAUUGUUUACCCUUCAUCAAGCUGGAUGGAAAUUACCGCCCGGUCUCGUUGCCUGAGGACACUCCGGACAAUCAGGAGGGCCUAUCGCAGCUUCUCGAAUACUCAAACGACAACAUGUUCAAUAAAUUUGUGCACAACUACUAUGCUCCGUUGUUGUUUCACCGCAGGGUGGUUAAAUGGAGUCUGGUGUUUUUCGCACUGCUGUUCGGCGUGUCUCUGUCGCUGCUGCCCGGAAUUGAGCUUGGAUUUGAUCAACGCAUAGCCAUCCCGUCAGACUCAUAUCUGAUUGACUAUUUCAACGCCGUCUACGAUUAUCUUGAAGUGGGACCUCCAAUAUACCUGGUUGUGUCCUCGUUGGACGUUACAAAGCUGGAAAACCAGCAAAAGCUCUGCGGAAGAUUCACUACUUGCGACGAGUACUCUCUGGUGAACGUUAUGGAGCAGGAGUACAAGCGCGGGGAGUUGAGCACAGUUAGUGACCCUGUCAGCAGCUGGAUAGAUGAUUUUCUACUAUGGCUUAACCCCGAUCUCACAGAUUGCUGUCGGGUGAAGAAAUCGAAUGAGUCCGAGUUUUGCACACCGAACUUACCCUCUAGACAAUGCGCAGUAUGCUACGAGGACAAAGAAUGGAGCUUCAAGAUGGAAGGGUUCCCUGAGAACGAAGAUUUCAUGCGUUUUUUCAACGAGUGGAUUGAGUCGCCUUCUGAUCCGUGCCCGCUGGGAGGAAAAGCUCCAUACUCGAGCUCAAUUUUGCAGGACGAAAAUCGUGCGAUAGUGCGGUCCGCAUUCCGCACGUCGCAUGUCCCGUUGAGGUCGCAAAAGGAUUUUAUCAACGCAUAUCACCAGUCCCUACGCAUAGUGAAGGAAAUUAAAACGCGCAUGAACUUGGACGUCUUUGCUUACUCGCCAUUCUACAUUUUCUUUACCCAGUACGAGACCAUCGUUUCACUAACAUUCAGACUACUUGUAUCUGCGCUGAUUCUUGUCUACGUGACCAGUUCGUUCCUCCUCGGCUCGUUCCGAAAUUCGAUGAUUCUUGUGGUGAACAUUGUUUCGAUCCUUGUCAACAUUGGUGGGGCCAUGGUUCUCGGUGGUAUCUCGUUGAACGCCGUGUCGCUCGUCAACAUCCUGAUCUGUCUGGGCCUUUCUGUGGAAUUCUCCAUCCACCUGGUCAAGGCGUUCAAUUUCACCGAGGAUGAUGCCAAAUCAGACCCCUUUUCGCGAGCAUACAACGCGCUGAUUUUCAUCGGGGGCUCGACCCUGAGCGGGAUUACGCUGACGAAAUUUAUUGGGAUUAUGGUUCUAAGUUUCACACGGUCCAAAAUAUUCCAGAUCUACUAUUUCCGCAUGUGGUUCAGCCUGAUCGUGCUAGCAUCCAUACAUUCCCUGGUGCUGCUGCCGCUGCUGCUGAGCAUCUUUGGCGGAAAAGGCUACCAGGUCUCGAGCUUCGCCAACUCCAACAGUCCGGAGGUGGUGAGACGUCUACGUCAGGAGGAAAAUGUGUCAUAGUGUAUCAUUCGGUGCGUUCCUUAAAUGUUCCGGGUAUGGUCGGUUCGAUAUCGCCCAUAAUAUCAUUUAUCUCGUCAUAGUACUCCUUGUUCCACAGGCACUGCUCCUGGGCCCAUUGCUGCAGAAGAGGGCCGGUGACGUUUGGUGGCGGAUCGCUGAUUUUAGUGGUCAAAUGGCCCGUUGCUGCUUCUGCCACGCCGUAAACCAGCAGGCCGAUAAUAGGCAGUCUCAGCAAUAGAUAGAACAUGAGACUGAACCCAUAGAGACAGCCUAUUCUCGAGAGGUACCACAGCUCGCGCUGCUGAGGGUUGAGAGGCAGACACUUGAAGUACGGUCUCAGCAGAAGCAUCAUGAGUUGUUUCGAACCAAAAAUGGUGUUCAGCAAGAAUAAAGAAUACGUCUCUGGUAGAAGAAACGUAAUAAACACUAUUAAAAGUGCGUAGAAUGUUCCUAUGGACCUGUUGAGGUUCUUGAAUGUGGCCACCGGGAACACAAGAGCGCCAACGUAAGGCGUUUUUGCUAAGAAAAACAGUGCUAUAGACAAUGCAGUGUUGUAGAUGUAGGACACCGCAAAUUCAGCGAACCCAUUGAAGUUCGUUAUCUCAGGCAUCCAGUUGUUGAAAAAUUGGGGUUUCAAUGAGUUGAUCUGCUGCAACAGAUACGAAGGUGUUUGCGGUCUGGGGUCGGGAGCAACUGUCUUCAUGUACUUUUCGCAAUGCUCUAAGUUUGCUGCGUAUGUUAUGGGUUUGUCUGGAUGUUUUUGAGCAUACACUCUGUCUGCAAAACGUAAUGAUUCGAAAUACACGUCGUCCAGGUCGUUAGUGAAAAAUCUGAACGACAUAAUCAGGAACGGAUUGAUGUUGAGGAGAUGCAGCUGGAAGAACUUGAGCUUUUCCAGCACUAACGCAACAGUCUCAUGCGAUAACAGGAAAAGCUCUAAAAAUCGGAGGAAAAUAGUGGCUGCAAUUAGCGGGAUAUUGAGUAUGACAUGGAGUAUUAUGGACCACUUCAUUAUGUUGAGAGCUUUGGAGUAGUACUUGGUGUUUAACAGGUUUGGGUUCAAUACUGCCCUGUAGGA